GACCGAGGAGAUCCGAGUUGGGCCGAGGCCGGCAGAGCCGCGGCUCUGAGCGCAGGUGGCAGGACGCGCCCCACCCAGCGGCCAGGCGGAGCCAAAGAUGCUGGCUUCUGCCACGCUGCCCCUCCUGGGCUCCCUGCCACCUCCGGCCUCGCCCUUCCCGCUGCUGCUGCUGGCGGUGCUGACCGGCCCAGUAUCCGGCCGCGUCCCCCGCUCGGUGCCCAGGACCUCGCUUCCUAUCUCCGAGGCUGACUCCUAUCUCACCCGGUUCACUGUCCCUCAGACAUAUAAUUACUCUGUCCUCCUUGUGGAUCCUGCUUCCCAUACGCUUUAUGUCGGCGCCCGGGACACCAUCUUCGCUUUAUCCCUGCCCUUCUCAGGGGAGAGACCCCGCAGGAUUGACUGGAUGGUGCCUGAAGCCCACAGACAGAACUGCAGGAAAAAAGGCAAGAAGGAGGACGAAUGUCACAAUUUUGUCCAGAUUCUCGCCAUUGCCAAUGCCUCUCACCUCCUCACUUGUGGCACCUUCGCUUUUGAUCCGAAGUGCGGGGUUAUUGAUGUGUCCAGUUUCCAGCAGGUUGAAAAACUUGAGAAUGGCCGGGGGAAAUGUCCUUUUGAGCCAGCUCAGCGGUCAGCAGCUGUAAUGGCUGGGGGCGUCCUCUAUGCUGCCACUGUGAAAAAUUACCUGGGGACGGAGCCGAUUAUCUCCCGGGCUGUGGGUCGCACAGAGGACUGGAUUCGGACAGAGACCUUGCCCUCCUGGCUUAACGCCCCAGCCUUUGCUGCAGCCGUGGCCUUGAGCCCAGCAGACUGGGGGGAUGAAGACGGAGAUGAUGAGAUCUACUUCUUCUUUACGGAGACUUCCCGAGCAUUUGACUCAUAUGAGCGCAUUAAGGUCCCACGGGUGGCCCGUGUGUGUGCGGGAGACCUUGGGGGCCGGAAGACCCUCCAGCACAGAUGGACGACCUUUCUGAAGGCUGACCUACUCUGUCCAGGCCCUGAGCAUGGCCGGGCCUCCAAUGUCCUGCAGGACAUGGCCAUUCUCCGACCUGAGCAUGGAUCGGAGACCCCCAUCUUUUACGGCAUAUUUUCCUCCCAGUGGGAGGGGGCGGCCAUCUCUGCUGUCUGUGCCUUCCAACCCCAAGACAUUCGGAUAGUGCUGAAUGGUUCCUUCAGAGAGCUGAAACAUGACUGCAACAGGGGACUGCCUGUCAUGGACAACGAUGUCCCCCAGCCCAGACCUGGAGAGUGCCUCACCAAUAGCAUGAAGCUACAGCAGUUUGGCUCAUCGCUCUCCCUGCCUGAUCGUGUGCUCACCUUCAUCCGGGACCACCCUCUCAUGGACCGGCCAGUAUUUCCAACCGAUGACCAUCCCCUGCUCGUCACUACAGAUACAGCCUAUCUCCGAGUUGUGGCGCACAGGGUGACCAGCCUCUCAGGGACAGAGUAUGAUGUGCUGUACCUGGGGACAGAGGAUGGACACCUCCACCGAGCUGUGCGGAUUGGAGCCCAGCUCAGCGUCCUGGAGGAUCUGGCCUUAUUCCCAGAGCCGCAGCCAGUUGAGAGUAUGAAAUUGUAUCAGAAUUGGCUCCUGGUGGGCUCCCGAACCGAGGUGACACAAGUGAACACCACCAACUGUGGCCGUCUCCAGAGCUGCUCAGAAUGCAUUCUGGCCCAAGACCCUGCCUGUGCCUGGAGCCUCCGGCUGGGUGCGUGUGUGGCCCAUGCUGGCGAGCAUGGCGGGCUGGUCCAAGACAUAGAGUCGGCAGAUGUGUCUUCUUUGUGUCCCAAAGAGCCGGGAGAACGCCCAGUAGUGUUUGAAGUUCCUGUGGCUGCAGCGGCACACGUGGUCUUGCCAUGUUCCCCAAGUUCGGCAUGGGCGUCCUGUGUGUGGCACCAGCCUGGUGGGGUGACUGCACUUCCCCCCCGGCGGGACGGGCUGGAGGUGGUAGUAACCCCAGGUGCCCUGGGUGCUUACGCCUGUGAAUGUCAGGAGGGGGGCGCGGCCCGUGUGGUGGCUGCUUAUAGCUUGGUGUGGGGCAGCCAGCGGGGUCCCCCAAGUCAGGCCCACACAGUGGGUGCUGGACUGGCCGGCUUUCUCCUGGGGGUUCUUGCAGCAUCAUUGACUCUUCUUCUGAUUGGCCGGCGUCAGCAGCGACGGCGACAGAGGGAGCUUCUGGCUAGAGACAAGGUGGGCUUGGAUCUGGGGGCACCCCCGUCUGGGACCACAAGUUACAGCCAGGACCCUCCCUCGCCUUCUCCCGAAGAUGAGCGGCUGCCCCUGGCCUUGGCCAAGAGGGGCAGUGGCUUUGGUGGCUUCCCUCCACCCUUCUUGCUCGAUCCUUGUCCAAGCCCAGCCCACGUUCGGCUUACUGGGGCUCCUCUAGCCACAUGUGAUGAAACGUCCAUCUAGGGCAAGUGACUGCUAGUGCACAGGUGACCACUGGAGGGGGAUAACCAUUGAGAUGCUGCAGGUACUGAGCCUGGAAGAUGGUUAUGGGCUAUGAGUUCUCUUUGGUCUUUGCAUCAUCACUUAGACUUCUGUGUCUGCCCUCUCUGGGCCUGGCUGGGCUCAGGGCCAGGCCUGUGUUUGAUCUCCUGAUUCUCAUGAGAGAUCAGAGCUGCUGUCUCCAGUGAAUCAGGACUUUUCCCACUUCUGCCCUCUGAACCGCUGCAACUCCUUCAGCCUUGGCUCCCUAUCUUGGGCCCGUUAGUUUGAGGUUAGGGAAUGGGCCGUAGCUUUGACAUUGCCUUCUGGUGGGCCCUGGCUGGAAGGAAGAGCGUUAGAGGCGGUGGGGGCUAGUGUGCAUUAAGUUCCUUUGUUCAUUCUCUUAGUUUAUGGGAUUCUCUGUGGGGAGUGCAUGAUCCCCAUGUUGCAAGAUGAAUCUCUGCCCUGAGAUGUCUCCCAACCCAGUUGUCCUUCCUUGAAAGUGAGUGUCAGUAUGCAGGUGUUUUGGAAGGCCUGGCCACAUGUGCAUGCAGGACUGGGCUGGUACUCAGGUGUAUCCCUGGGGGUCAGACCCAGUGCUCAGGUAUAUCCCGGGGGGGCAGGUGAGGGAAGGUGGGAAUGAGGCAUUGCCUGCAGAACUUCAGACCCUGUAGCCAGUAAAGGAAUGGCUUUCCUUUCUAAAAAGAAACAAACCACCACCUGGGCCCCAUCACCUAUAACCCUUCUCUUGAGUAGAGGAAAAACUCCCAAAGUGACCUUUUGGGCGGGCGGGACAGUGGUACGCGUGACCCAAUCAUUCUUUGUUUUUGCCUCCCGGCUGCCACCACUGCCACACACAGCUGUUCUUUCUCUUUGGCUCCCGUUAAAAAGACUUCACAACCUUCUAAGUAUUAAGGGACAACAAAAGGGGAACAGUCAUAGGAAAUACAAGUUGCAUAAAAAUAGGUUUGUAUCAGUGACUUUACUCAGGUUGACACCCUUGCCCUAAGUCAGAAGUUCUCCACCUGGGGUCCGUGGACUCCCUGUAAUCGUAUGCAAAAUGUUGUCGGUACAUGUGAGUGUAUUUUUAUGGGGGAUGGGGUGGGUGGGUCUGGUUUUCAUCAGCUUCUCAAGGCCUUAACCAAGUUAAAGGACUAUGCCUCGAGGUCGCCGCCCAGUGGUCAAGAUGAGAGAGUGCCAGUCAGCGGCAGUUCUUCCAGCCCUACCAUCCCGUUCCCUGUGGUCAGCCCUGGGACUUGCAGCUGCUGGAUGCCCUCUUGUUUCUCCGGUUCUUGGAAGCUGGGCUCUGCGUGUAUUCGAAGAUACUAUCAACUCCUACCAAACAUAAAGACCUCUUCCUGCUUCACAGCUCCCAGAUGCUCUAGGCUUCUCCUGCUCGGUUCUGGUCUUGGCCCGUGUAUGUGCCUCGUUCACCCCUGGUGAGGAACCCCACCCCCCGCCCCGAGCUCCAGUGAAUGAUCCACUCCCUCCCAGUUGAAGUUUUUGGCUCUACUCUCCUUGGCAGCAACCUGUGAACUAUUCAAAAGAGUCCCCUUGGGUUUGGAAUUACCAGUGGCUUUGCCACUAAUACGUGUAUGAUUAUCAGCAAGUGAUCUAAUGUAGGAACACUGGUUUGUUCAGCUGUUAAGUGGGGAUAGUAAUACCUACCUCGGGGUUGCUGCAAGGAUUGAAUGGGAAGACAUGUAAACAAUAAAGCAGUGUCUACACCAGUA